AUGGAAAAUGAAUUAGAGAACUUUAUAUGGUCUAUGAGCCCAAAUUUGAAACGCGGAACAGCUCAUGUGCUUUAUUAUGGGAAUGUGCAUUGGAUUAGUUCAACAAAUUGCACUCAGGAAAGAAUAUUUGUUGUCAGCACAAAUGGAAUUUUCCUAGGUCGCAGAAAAGCACUUGGAAUGUCCGAAGUAACAACUCAGAUGUCAUACUUCGAUAUGAUUUCAAUCAGUAUCGGAGGAACAAGCUGUAAUAUUAGUAGCCAAACAGAACAAAUUAGAAUUCGAGCAGAUAAUAUAGAACAAAUCGCACUUUUAAUAUACUUUGUUCGUCAAGCACAAUUUUCUCCAAGCUUAUUACCAAUUUCUUUUAAUUUCCAAAAUUCAGGCAGCUAUAACAUGAAAACCACUGCCAAAUCAUAUAAAUCUCGCCACGUUUUCGCAGAUAGGAUCGGAUCAUGCGCUUUGCACUAUGGAAUCGAGCUAUUUCCCGAAGAAAUGUCUGUUUUUUAUACAAAUGAUUCUUUACCUUACCACAACUUCGAAAUCAAUAAUGCAAUUAGCAACUUUAUGCUCAUCAAGCCUUUGGCAUUAGCAUUGACUUUCGAACAAGAUUUACACAAAUUUAUUUUAUAUAAAUGCAAUGUCGCAAAAAUAUUUCAGAUUUGCUACUCCAUAUUCGCAUGUAACCAAUUCCUAGAGCGGAUAAUCUUUAAUGAUUGCGAUUUUACGAACGCUGCUCAAACCGUGAAUUCUCUCUUUGAUAAGGCCACUUUCUUACCAGUUACAUGGUGUUUUAAGAAUUGCGAUUGUUCUUCUCCAGCUUUUAUCUCUUUCUUUGAAAAUUUAACCGAUCAUUCAAAAAGAGUCAAAGGAUUGGAAUUUGUCAACACAACUCUCACUUCUCAGAGCCUUAUGACCAUUAUCCAGACAAUUUUGUUUAAUAAUUGCUUCCAUAAUUUAGAAUGUCUCGAAAUUUCCAAAUUGACAGGUAUUCCUGACAUUCAUCUUAUGAUUAAUAGUAUUGCCAACUCAUCAUGGGCUCUCACAUCCAAAUGCAUCAAAAGAAUCGAAGUUUCAAAGUCAAAUACGGAUAUUUCUCAAUUAUUCAUGAAUAUUGUUUCAUUUGACAUCGGAUUAACUGAAAUAUGCCUCUCAGGAAACAAAUUCAUGCAACCAUUAGGCUUUGAAAGGAUUCCUUCAAAAAUUGGAUUUUUAGAUCUUUCUGAUUGCACUUUUACGCUUGAUUCUAUCACAUCCAUAUUCAAUGCGAUCUCCAAUGGCAAGAUAUGUGUCUCCGGAAUUGAUCUUUCCAGGAUUCACAUGGAUCCAAACGAUUUUUCGAAAUUAUUAGAACUUUUAGCAGCAGAAAGGAACGGAUACAAGUCCCUUGAGCGUAUUUUCUUCGAUAACAACGUAAUGAACCCUAAAGAUUCUCAACUUUUCGCUACAUUUCUCAGAUUCAACACACAACUUCGUUCCCUUUCGAUUUCACAGUCAAUAAACAUAUACGAAUCAUCCCAAGGCUUCAGAGCUUUCUCUUUUGCCAUUUGUCAGCUGAAAAAUUUGGAAUCUCUUUACAUCAGAGGUUGUAGUGACUUUUCUUAUUGUUAUGGACAGUUGUUGAUACCUGUUCUUAGAUAUCUAGCAUCAAAGAAGCGUAUAAAAGUGCUGGAUAUCACAGACCAAAGAAUAGGUGACGUAGGAAUUGACGCAUUGAUGAUUUUCCUACAAAAAGGACAACCGCUAAUUCAUCUCAAAUUUGACGGUUGUCAUUCAAGCAGUUUUGACAAAUUGUCAAAUUUCUGUCAUCUUGCCAUCUCAUCACAUCUUAUUUUUGCAUCAUGGCCGGAAGAAGAAUUCAUGCGACACAUCAAUCAAAUACCGAAAUACGACACUGACAGAGGAACAUUAGUUGCAGAGAAAGAGAUGCUCAAAUCUACUUAUGUUGAGAGAUUUGGAUAUCUCUGCAUAGAGAAUCAGAAUUCUUUGCCAAUAUUGAAGAAAGAGAAGAUCAAAGAGUUUGAAGAUAUACAACAGAUUGUUACUGUCAAUGAGAAGAAAGAAAAUGAUGAGAAAGACAUGAAGAAAUACAGUGAAAAGUUCAAAGAAUUAAAUUUGAAUGUUAGAGAUAAUCAAAUUUCAACAUUAAUGACUGAAUGUCUUGGACAGUCUUUCAAUGACCCAGUUUUAUCAUUGUUAGCUUCAAUAGAUAGAACAUUUUCUCUUGAUAAUAUUCAAGAUUAA